AUUUAUAGUAGUUUACAAAUAAAUACCGAUAGAAUAAUCUAUUAUUUGAAAACGUGCUUUGCAUAGAAGCUUCAUCUAAAGAGCCAUGACAAUGGCACAAAUUAAGGACGGCGAAUACACCGCAACCAUCUACAAAAUGAUAAGAGAUGGAAGACAUGGAGAAGCCAUCCAAAUUCUGAGCAAUGAAAUACAGAAACAGCCCAAAUCCAGGGCAGCCCUCUCCCUUUUGGGAUACUGCUACUAUCACAUUCAGGACUUUAACAACUCUGCUGACUGCUAUGAGCAGCUCACACAAAUUCACCCAGAGGUUGAGGACUACAGACUCUACUAUGCCCAGUCCCUGUACAAGGCCUGCCUUUAUACAGAUGCUAUGAAAGCUACAUUUCUUCUGGACAACCAAGGGUAUCAUACUAAGAUGUUAAAGCUCCAAGCAGCUAUCAAGUAUGGAGAAGAGGACCUUUCUGGAGCUAAGAGUCUAGUGGAGCAGCUGCCCUCCGAUGAUCCAGACAGUGAGAUUAACCUGGGGUGUUUACUCUACAAGGAAGGAGAGUAUGAGGAGGCCUGCAAAAAGUUUAGCUCUGCCAUGCAAGUCAUGGGCUAUCAACCAGAUUUGUCGUACAACAUUGCCCUUUGUUACUACAGUAUGAAGCAGUAUGCUCCUGCCUUGAAGUACAUUGCAGACAUAAUAGAACGUGGAAUUAGAGAGCACCCAGAACUGAGUGUUGGCAUGACAACAGAAGGUAUUGAUGUAAGGAGUGUUGGCAACACACUUGUGCUGCACGAAACAGCAUUGAUCGAAGCAUUUAAUCUUAAAGCAGCCAUUGAGUACCAACUGAAAAACUAUGAUGCAGCUCAGGAAGCCUUGACAGACAUGCCUCCACGUUCUGAGGAGGAGCUCGAUCCAGUGACUCUGCAAAACCAAGCCUUAAUGAAUAUGGAUUCCAAACCCACAGAAGGUUUUGAGAAGUUGCAGUUUCUCCUGCAGCAGAACCCUUUCCCACCAGAGACCUUUGGAAACCUCCUGCUCCUCUACAUUAAAUAUGAAUAUUUUGACCUAGCUGCAGAUGUUCUAGCUGAAAAUGCACAUCUUACAUACAAAUCCCUUUCACCGUAUUUAUAUGAGUUUUUGGACGCCAUGAUAACAUGUCAAACUGCCCCAGAAGAGGCAUUCCGAAAGUUUGAUGAAAUGGCAGCUAAACUGACAGAGCAGCUACGUAAACUAACUAAGCAGGUGCAAGAAGCUAGACACAAUCGUGAUGACGAUGCUGUGAAAAGGGCUGUAAACGAGUAUGAUGAGGCUCUUGAGAAGUACAUCCCAGUGCUGAUGGUUCAGGCCAAGAUCUACUGGAACCUGGAGAAUUACCAGAUGGUGGAGAAGAUAUUUCGCAAGUCUGUGGAGUUCUGCAACGAGCAUGACGUGUGGAAACUGAACGUGGCACACGUCCUCUUCAUGCAGGAGAACAAAUACAAAGAGGCCAUUGGUUUCUACGAGCCCAUCGUUAAAAAACACUAUGAUAACAUCCUGAAUGUGAGUGCAAUCGUCCUGGCUAAUCUCUGCGUCUCUUACAUCAUGACCAGCCAAAACGAAGAGGCUGAAGAGUUGAUGAGAAAAAUUGAAAAAGAAGAGGAGCAGAUAUCAUAUGAUGACCCAGACAAGAAGGUCUAUCACCUCUGCAUUGUGAACCUUGUGAUUGGGACCCUGUACUGUGCUAAAGGCAAUUACGAUUUUGGAAUUUCUCGGGUGAUUAAGAGUUUGGAGCCAUACAACAAAAAGCUUGGGACAGACACCUGGUACUACGCCAAGCGCUGCUUCCUGUCCUUACUAGAGAACAUGUCGAAACACAUGAUCAUGUUACGAGACAGCGUCGUGCAAGAAUGUGUCCAGUUCCUGGAACACUGUGAAGUUUAUGGAAAGAAUGUUCCAGCUCUCAUUGAGCAGCCCCUGGAGGAGGACCGAAUGCACAUUGGAAAGAACACGGUUACGUAUGAAUCUCGCCUGCUGAAAGCACUCAUCUAUGAAAUUAUCGGAUGGAAUCAAUAACGUAUUAAAUACUAUAUUAUAUUUAAGUAAACCCUUAUUCACAUAUAUUCAACUCUUGACACCUGUAUUGAGCUUUUAAGAUACUGCUGACUACAUUUAUUCCCCAAAAAUUGUCCUAUUACCACCAGCUAAAAGGUCUGUCUCAAGUUUUACUGCAGCGUUUCUUCAUGUUUGUGAAACCUUCAAAUUCUUUUUAUAAUCAAGUCUGUUUUUCCUUACUGCAUACUUUUCAAUUACUGUAUUUGGGGUGUACAACCUGAAUGUAAUAUAUAGUUUAUACUCUACUAUUUUUGUAGCAAUAAACCAUACUGUAUAUCCCA